GUUGGAUAUAAACUCGUCGCCACAACGCAACUCCAGCAAGCGACUUCUCUCUCUCUGUUCAUCUCUCCGUCGGCUGGUUGGGAGUGGCUAACGGUAGGAGGAAAUGGCGACAGUUCCGGGACAAUUGAUCUGGGAGAUCGUGAAGAAUAACAACUGUUUCUUGGUGAAACAGUUCGGUAGAGGCAACGCCAAAGUUCAAUUCAGCAAGGAAACCAACAAUCUCUACAACCUUAACUCCUACAAGCACUCUGGGUUGGCCAACAAGAAGUCCGUAAGCAUUCAGCCAGCUGACAAGGAACAAGCCAUCGUGCUCGGUACCACCAAGACGAAGAAGCAGAGCAAGCCUUCUGCCUCUGUCAACAAAUCUGUCUUGAAGAAGGAAUUCCCAAGAAUGGCCAAGGCUGUUGCCAACCAGGUAUCCGACAACUACUACAGGCCGGACUUGGAAAAAGCUGCUCUCGCGAGGCUUAGCGUGAUCCACAGAAGCCUCAAGGUUACGAAAUCCGGUGUCAAGAAGAGGAACAGGCAAGCCACCAAGAGAGUGUGAUGCCACUAAAUCUUCUCCUGAAGCCUGCGAUUCACCUGUGUUUACCUGUUUGUAGUUGGGGUAUUUUGUGGACUGAUGGAGUUUUUGCUCGACCUAUUUACAUAACCUUGUUUUUCCUAGAGGAGUUAUAAGAGUAUGUGUUCUUUUGAAACUUUUGUUUUGAGUUUCUAUGGCAUAACCUUAAUUUUGGUUAUGUGCCCUUUGAGCCA